CUAUUAUUUAUUUGCAACCCCAAACUUCAUUGCAGGGAGAGGCCCGCUUUCGCAUUUGCAAGACAGCGAGUUCAGGGAGAGCGCUAGAGAAUAAGUGAGAGCGACUCAGUUAGUUAAGUUCAAAAUGGAAAGUGAACCGACUCGGAUAAUGAUUGCAGUGAACGAGUCAACAAUCAAAGGGUAUCCACACCCUUCGAUUAGCAGCAAAGGAGCUUUCGACUGGACUCUUCAGAAGAUUGUUCGCUCUAACACUGCUGGGUUCAAGCUUCUCUUCCUCCAUGUCCAAGUCCCUGACGAAGAUGGUUUUGAUGAUAUGGAUAGCAUAUAUGCUUCUCCUGAGGAUUUUAAAAGCAUGAAACAGAGGGACAGGGUGAGAGGACUUCAUCUGCUGGAGUACUUUGUCAAUAGAUGUAAUCAGAUUGGGGUUGCUUGUGAAGCAUGGAUUAAGAGUGGUGAUCCCAAGGAAGUAAUCUGCCAUGAAGUGAAAAGAGUCGUGCCUGAUUUCCUGGUUGUUGGAUGCCGUGGUCUUGGUCCUUUCCAGAGGGUUUUUGUUGGAACUGUGAGCGAAUUUUGCCAGAAGCAUGCUGAGUGCCCUGUUAUCUCAAUCAAACGUAGGGCUGAAGAAACUCCUCAAGAUCCUGUUGAUGACUAACUUUAUCUUGCUCUAUUGAUUAUUUCCACUGUGUUGAUAGGCUUCACACUAGGGAUGCCUAUGAACAAGGCCAAUGGUGGAAAAUUAAGUGGAUUUGUUCUGUUAUAUUUCUGAUGGCUGCACAGUACUGGUGUAAAGAAAUAUCCAUUACCUAUUUGUUGGAAA